AUGACCCCAACCGCCUUGGCAGUAAGCCAGAUCCAAGAUCAGAUCGAGAUCUCCGUCGGACUGGAAAAUGGUCACUUCAGCCUCUUCAUCCUAAAUCUUCAAACCUCCCAGCUAGACUUGCAGUCCUCUCAUGUCGGCUGCAGUGAUGCUGCUAUAACAACAAUGGCCCUCUCAUCGCCGUAUCUAAUGAUAGUAUCCCAUCACAAAGAUUUGACCUUGUACAAUCUGCGACCUGGCAGCCAUGGAGCAGGGGAAACCGCCGAGGCCUCGGAGCCCCGCCAGAUUGCUUCCCUCAAGGCAGAUAACAUUGCUGCGCCAAUGACACUAUCUCUCCGAGUCUCGUCCUUUGAGAUUGUCGCUACCAUUGUGUAUAGUUUCUUCCACAUUGGCUGUGGGUGGUCCCUGGGGAUUCAAGAAUUACAUCUAGGCAAAGAUGGGCAACAACUAGAUUCCCGACUGGCUACUACAGUGGAUUCUCAAUAUGGAUUGAGGCCACUUCAAUCCAGAAAAAGGCGACGCUCUGCAGCCGAGUCGGUCAACAAUCCACCUCGCAUCGACCCUGGGGCGCCGUCUAUCAGACGCCAACAGCCGCCAACUUCCAUGUCCUAUUCCCAUCCGUAUCUACUGACCUCUCAUGCCGACAACACGUUGACUUUGUAUCUUGUGGUAUCCACAUCGGAGAAGGUAUAUGUCCAAGGCGGCCGACGCCUAUGGGGCCAUACCUCUUCCGUAUCUGCUGUUCAGGUGACCAACCGCGGGAAAGCUGUCUCUGUAAGCUCUCGAGGGGAUGAGAUUCGAAUAUGGGAGUUGGAGAUGGCGAUAACCUCCCUGGGUAGCCGCAAAUUCUUCGAGGACAAUGGUGUUCAGAUCAACGCUGGAAAAAAGGAUGGGAAGCCAGAGCCAGGACCAGGAAUGAUUUCCCACAAUUUGGGCCAUGCAAAUGUGGAAUCCCAAGAAUUGACCUUGCCCAUCGGAUUUGAUGAAGAACGGGUACUUCUCCUUCGAGAAAAGACUGGAACACAGCUACUUGAGUGUUACGACUUCACCUAA